CACGGCCAACUAUUACUGAGAGCACUCGCUCUUCCAAACAGCGCAGAGGAGAGCAGAGAACUGCAAAACCUUCUGAGGGUGGUCUGUCCCCGUUCCUAAAACGUUCCUCGCCGACAUGUCCGAGCGCCACAUUCCCUUCACUUUCCUUCGCGGCCCAAGCUGGGAUCCCUUCCGAGACUGGUUCCACGGCAACCGGAUCUUCGACCAGUCCUUCGGCAUGCCAGCCCUCACCGAGGACUGGUACCACUGGCCGAGCACUCACUGGCCCGGCUACAUCCGGCCCUCAGUUGUGGGCCCAGCAGCCGAAGCAGGGGCCCCCAGCGCUGUGAGCCCGCUGCCCCCGGGGCCGGCGAUGUCGCCCUACGCCCGCGCGCUCUCCCGCCAGCUGAGCAGCGGCAUGUCCGAGAUCAAGCAGACCCAGGACCAGUGGAAAGUCAGCCUGGAUGUCAACCACUUCUCCCCCGAGGAACUGGUGGUAAAAACCAAGGACGGCGUGGUGGAAAUCACAGGUAAACAUGAAGAGAGACAGGAUGAGCAUGGCUACAUUUCAAGAUGCUUCACCAGAAAAUACACGCUCCCUCCUGGCGUGGACGUCAACAAGGUGGUCUCCUCCCUCUCUCCAGAAGGAGUGCUGACCGUAGAGGCUCCUCUUCCCAAACCGGCAAUCCAGGCUGCGGAAAUUACCAUCCCAGUCUCCCUGGAGAGCAAGGCCAAGCCUGCAGUCGAAACCAAGAAAUAACCAGCAUUGCUCUACCGACCUGCAAAGGCGCAGUGCAGUUAAUAUUGAACGCUUGACCACGCAGCAGUUUCCCAAAUAUUAUAACAGAAACUAUCUUUUGCUUGUUGUUUUUUUCAUUCUUUUGAAAUUGGCUCAAUUUCUCGGUGAAUGAAACAUCCCCCCAGCACACUGACUUUGUAUUAUUACAUUACGUGCUAUUGCAAACCUGCAUUUUUGCAGUCAUUUCAUCCUUCUUUUAGAGUUAGAUUUAAAAUACAAUCCAAAUACUCCCCUUUCACUUCUGCCUCCUGCUCUUAAGAUUUGCUUGCUGCGCUCUGAAUGCGAUUAGACUUGGCUGGUGUGUGGGUAUUGUUUUUUCUCCAUUAUGAUACUGCAGCUCUGCUGGCUGCGGGUGUGCCAUCUUCUGUGAAACUGCAGCUUGGUUUCUUCACUCAGGCACAACGUCCCUGCGUGAACACUAGGAGCAUAGAUAGCCUUGUCAUUGGAAUAAAAAAUACAGGACAUACUGUAUGACUUUGGAUGAGCUGAACUAUGCAUACAAUACAUUACAAGCCUUUUGUGGGAAAAAAAGAGAUUUAUUUCUAAGAAGUACAGAAAAGUAGGCUUUUAUUCCUAUUGUGAGACUAAAGAAUAAAUUACCAAUUUGGUAUAGCCUUCUGUUAUUAUUUUUGGUAAUUGCUACUCACCAUUGUUCUUGUUAUGAUAUUUUGAUUUGAUGGAAUCUGUUUAAUGCUAUAGUUUGCACAUGGUAGAGAUCGGCCUAUAUUUCAGUGGGUGUGAAGGUAUUUCCAUAAUUUUGAAAAAUAAAUGCUUUGUCUUUUUUAAGUCAAAAUAGUUGUGUGUGUUUCUUUAAGAGGAUAGCAUUAGAAUCUGAUUUUUUAACAUACAGUAGAUUGAGAAUGGAGAAAUGUUGUUCUUAAUUUAAUCAGAUAUUACAGGGCUGGAAGGGUGGUCUUGCACAGGAUUUAUUAGCUUUGACACUGCUUUCUUCACCAAGGUGUUACAGUACAUUGUCACUGGCAGCUGAAUGAAAUACCAGCUGAUUAGUUCUUGUAUGUGUCUAAUGUCAUGGCUCAGACUUACGUUUUUGGUUUAAGAUUAAACUUCAGACAAACACGUCUCCUGCUCCAUAAUUUUCCUCAUUACUUUCUUUUGGACGGUUUUGAUUUUGCCAUAUGCAGCAGUAAAGACAUACUGUAUAAGCUUUUAAACUUAUGAACCUAGUCAUUCAAAGGGGUAUCAGUGUUAUGCUCUUGCACAGCUGAAACUGUUCUUUCAAGAAGCCACAAUAAACGGAAAUAAACCAA